AUGAUAUCGAAAAAUUUCUUUCGAUUUGUUAAUACUUCAUGCUAUAAAAAUUAUCAACAAAUAUUUCUUUGUCAUUCCAGUACGUCAUCAAAAAUAAAUGGAAAUACCAAAGAAUCUGAUAUUAAUCCAAAGCAAAAAGUUGUCCCAAAAGAUGAACUAUUUUCAUUUAUUGUUAGAUGUAUGAUGAAAGUUGAUGCGCGUCCAUCACAUGCUGAAGUAUUGGCAGAUAAUUUAACGAUGGCUGACUAUCGUGGCCACUAUAGUCAUGGACUUAAUCGACUUGAUAUGUAUGUGAAUGAUGUCAAAACUGGAACAACAGCAAAAGAUGGAAAUCCAAUAAUUCUUAAAGAAUCACCUGGAACAGCAUUAGUUGAUGGGCAGAAUUUAUUAGGGCCGUACGUGGGUAAAUUUUGUAUGAAUAUCGCAAUGGAUAAGGCAAAAAAAGUUGGGAUUGGAUUAGUUGCUGCUCGUCGGUCUAAUCAUUUUGGUAUUGCUGGCUAUUAUUCAUUGAAAGCUGUUGAUAAAGAUCUUAUCGGAUGGGCUUUUACUAACACAAGUCCACUUGUUGUACCAACACGUGGUAAAGCACAAUCAUUAGGAACUAAUCCAAUAGCAUUUGGUGCACCUGCUAAAAAUGGUGAUAGCUUUAUACUUGAUAUGGCUACAUCAACUGUUGCACUAGGCAAAGUUGAAAUUAGUCAACGACGAGGUGAAGAAAUUCCAAAUACAUGGGGUGUUAAUGCAGAGGGUAUUCCGGUUACAAAACCACAAGACAUACGAGGUUUAUUAGCUUUAGGUGGUCCUGAAGAAUCAUCCGGUUACAAAGGUUAUGGUUUAGCAAUGAUGGUUGAAGUAUUAUGUGGUAUUUUAUCAGGUAGUCAUUUUGGACCAUGGAUUCGUUCAUGGAAAACUAGUACAACUGAAGCUAAUCUUGGACAAUGUUUUAUUGCCAUUGAUCCCAGUGCGUUCGAAGAUGAGUUUGAAGAUCGUUUACAGAAACUAAUAAAUUAUUGUCGAACAUUGCCACCUUCAGAAUCCGGUAAACCAGUUCUUAUUGCUGGUGAUCCUGAACGAUUGCAUAUGGCCAAAUGUGAGAAACUAGGUGGCAUUCCAUAUCCUCAAUCACAAAUUGAUUUCAUACAAGAUUUAGCGCGUAAAUUGAAAGUUGAUAUACCAAAAAUUAAAUAA